AUGUUAACUAUAGAAUUAAGUGUUAUAUCAAUACAUUACACUGAGAUAUGUAUAAAGUAUGCUGAAACACACAAAGUGUUUGCGAUCAUCCUCGUAGGUGCAUACAUUUCAGAUUUGGGAGACGAGAAUGAAAGGGAGAGUGUCACGAGUGUCAAAGCAAACAUGACCGCUGGUUGUGUUGUUGUGCCUCUCAUAAUACCCAUUCGCGUGCCUCCCCCUGGCAAAGCUAAGCACGAGAUAGACACCGGGACACCAAUAGAGAUAAAAUCAGAUACUCCAGAUGUCACUAUUUACUACACUUUGGAUGGUAGUAAACCCGAUGUGCAGAAAAGACCGGGAUAUGGAGACAACAGCACUGUGAAAUAUUGUGGACCAAUAAAAUUGCCCGUUGGCAAAGUGUUAGUUAAAGCCGUGGCUGUCACCAGCGAUGGCAGAGAGAGUGCUGUAGUCACUAAGAUAUUUCUCGUGGAAAGCAAGCUUUCAGAUGAGCCAGAGUCCCUACAAGACAACCAAGAGGAGCAAAAUGCCUCUAAACAGGUCAAAUUCAAUGGAAACCAGUCUAGCAAGAAGAAUGGCCUUGGAGAGCUCUCAUUGAAAUAUCAAGACAAUGACUCCAAAAGGUCUCCCAAGGUUCCUCGUUUUCUCAGAAAUCGUUUGGGUCCUGUGCACUCCUCCUCUCUGCUCCUGUCCAGUCAACACUCUAACACCCUGAAUGCAGACAUGUUGAACAGCUUCUUGAAAAAUCUGAAGAGUACACAGAUAUCCAGGAUUCAAAGAGAGACCGACUUCUUAAGGUGUACCAAGUGUUUGAGUCAUCGACCUUCUGACCCCUUUGCUCGUUUCUGCCUUCACUGUGGUGCCCCAGUGGCUCCAAUCCCAGGACAGAGACUGCCACCUACUGAGGGAGGACAGAUGGGCUUGUGUAUGCACUGUAAGACCAUGGUGCCAAUGAACACAGCUUUAUGUGUGGUCUGUGAGGCUUCCAUAGCCCCUCAGCUUGAGCCUCAAGCCAGUUUACGACUUCAGGACAAGCUGAUCUGUCACUCAUGUGGAACAGGAAAUCCUGCACAUAUAGCAUGUUGUGUGACCUGUGAAGCCAAACUGCCACAACCAGCCACUCCUGUGUUGAGUGGAGAGAGUGCCCCUCCCUUGCCUAACAUGGAGGGCAAAAUGGUUUCCUGCUCCAAAUGCAAAAGAGUCAAUCACUCAGAUGCCCGCUUUUGUGACUGGUGUGGCACUAAGCCAGGCCACACUACAAGGUUCCUUACCUGCUCUCAGUGUGGGGCUAACAGCCACCCCUAUGCUAAUUUCUGCGGUUCUUGUGGGGUUUUUCUGGAAGGCCCACCCAGGCUGCAGAGUCCCACCAGGCAUGCCUCAUUAACAGAGGGCUCCGUGGAGCCAAACCAGUCAUCUGUUCAGGGUGCCACCUGGCAGGCAGUGCCAGUGUCUGUGGUACCCUCUGUGGCGUCAUCAGCGCGGCCAGUGUGUUUAGACCAGCAGACUCAGACAGUGGGGCUUUUCUACCCGUCCAGCACUGAACUGUUGAAGAAGAGCCAACAAAUAGUCAAGGAGUUGAGCAAACAGGAACAAAUGAGGGACAGGAAACCCCUUCUCACAGCCAUUAGCCCAGGAAAAGGUUACUGGAGGAAACAGCUGGAUCACAUUUGUGCCCAUCUACGCAGCUACACUCAGAACAACAUGGAGUUCAGAGCUCUGAUAGGAGAGCCACGGAUGGGCAGGAUGGUCUCUGCAGUCAUUCAAGAAGACAACUAUGAAGUCAGUCUUAGGAUCAAUUUUGUGUCUGCUGCAUCAGAAAGGCCUAAGUCUGCUGAGGGAGGGCAUGUGAAGAGAACUCCAGUACACCCAGAGAGUCAGAACCUGAGCAGUGUGACUGAAGGUAGAGCUAGUCUGUCAGCCAGUCAGACCAGCCUUGUGAAUGGAAGCAGUAUUACAGUAUCCAGAAGGAAUAUCAAGGAGCAGAAAACAGUGGAAAGGCAGCCACCAUCCAAAGACACUCAGCUUUUGCGUGAAGUGGGACCAGAGGGGAAGGGAAGACUCUUCGUGGUGCAGCAGUUACUGGAUGAGGGUGCCAACCCCUGUUGCCAGGACAGUGAUGGGCACACCGCCCUCGCUGUAGCAGUGAUGAACGGGCAUCAUGAGGUCAUUCCUGUGCUGGUCCAGAGAGGUGGAGACAUAAACCAGCAGUCUGGACCGUUAAAUAACACAGCUCUGCAUGAAGCAGCAGCUCUUGGCAGUAAAGGCUUGAAAUGUGUGGAGACACUGCUGGGAUGUAAUGCAAGUAUGAGGAAGAAGAAUGGCAGAGGGCAGACAGCAUAUGAUGUGGCAGUGGGUUCAGACUGUGGCCCUUUGGUCUCUCUCAUAGCUGCUAAGAUGGGACAGGGCAUGCUGGACAGGAUGACUCAGCCCAGGAGCCCAACAAGCCUGGAUGUGUUUUGA